AUGAGUUGCCAGGGAACUCCCGAUAAGGACGAUGAUGAAGGUAAUGGUGAUUAUUGCGACGGUCUUGAUCAAGUCGAGGACACGGCCGGAAUGCUGGCCAUAGUCGAUACAAGUCGCCCUUACGAGGAGUACAGCAUUGAGGGCUUGAGAGAAGCGGUACGAGGGGGAAGGGGAGGAGGGGCUAGAAGCGUAUAUGAGAUGAAGUCCCGGCUCAUCAACAAGGCCAUCCAGGACAUCGGAAUGGGCAGAUACAACUGGCAGCUGUUUGUGCUGUGCGGAUUUGGCUGGUUUGCCGACAAUUUGUGGAUGCAGGGCGUGUCGCUUACAUUGCCCUCGCUCUCAGCUGAGUUUGGCAUCUCAGAGAAGUCCGUACGCUACACGACUUCGUCGUUGUUCAUCGGCCUUUGUUUUGGCAGCUUCUUCUGGGGUAUUGGCUCUGACAUCAUGGGCCGCCGGAUAGCCUUCAACGCCACUCUACUAAUCGCAAGCAUCUUCGGUACUGUCUCAGCUUGGGCUGCUACCUGGGGCGGCGUCUGCUUCAUGUACGCUGUCCUUGGUUUUGGCGUUGGCGGUAAUCUCCCCGUGGACGGCGCAUUGUUCCUCGAGUUCUUGCCAGAUGCUUCGAGCUCUCUCUUGACAUUGCUCUCCAUUUGGUGGCCGAUUGGGCAACUGUGUUCAUCCCUGUUUGCCUGGUAUUUCAUCGCCAACUGGCCGGCAUACAAGGGAUGGCGCUACUUCGUCUGUGCCAUCGGCCUUAUCACUUUUGCCAUGUUCCUCGUACGCUUCGCCAUCUUCCAGAUGCUCGAGUCUCCCAAGUUCUUGCUCUCUCAAGGUCGUCAAUCUGAGGCCGUUGCUGUUGUUCAAGGGCUGGCAGCUCGUAAUGGGAGAAAGACAUGGUUAACCGAAGACAUCCUCAACGAGGUUAUGGGCGAUGAUGACGAUGAGCCGGUCCCAAUGACAACCACGCCGCGUCGCCGUCAGCAACGUCCAACCAUCAGCCAUCUCGUUCGUACCCGCCUUGCCUCAUUUUCGGCGAACCGCAUCCGUCCCCUUUUCAACACCCGCAAGCUCGCCAUCACAACCUCACUAAUUUGGUUCUGCUGGGCAACAAUCGGUAUGGGUUAUCCGCUGUUCAACGCUUUCCUACCCCAAUACUUCUCCCAUGGCAGCCAGCCCACCGAUCCUUCAUCAACGGUUCCCCAACUACCUCCGUCUACUUAUCGCAACUACGCGAUCACCAGCCUUGCAGGCAUUCCGGGCAGCCUCAUCGCCGCUUAUGCAGUAGAAAUGCGGUCUCCGCUCUUAGGCCGACGUGGCACCCUUGCGCUGUCAACGUUCGUGUCAGCUGUAUUCUUGUUUCUGUUUGUGCGCCUGGGUACCAGGUCCCCAACUGUGCAGUUGAUCUUCUCAUGUAUCGAGGCCUUUGCACAAAAUAUAAUGUAUGGUGUGCUGUAUGCCUUUACGCCUGAGAUCUUCCCUGCUCCAGUCAGGGGAGCAGGUACGGGGGUAGCGAGUUUCCUGAACAGAGUGAUGGGGCUAAUGGCUCCCAUCAUUGCGGCGACGGUACCUGGGGAUGGGACGACAGCACCGGUGUACCUGUCGGCAGGGCUGAUUUUGGCAGCGGCCGUGUCUGUUUGUGCGGUGCCGAUCGAGACGAGGGGCAGGCAAAGGUUAUGA